GAGAUGCACAGCAGCCAAUCAGCCUCCUCUCUGGACCAGCAGACGCCGCCUCCCUCCACCUGCCUCAUUAGGUCGCUGCCUCCCCAGUCAACCUUGGUGUUUGACCCCGCCCCUUCAGGUUCACCUCGGGAGGACAGGAAGACCCUCUGUAGCGUCGGCUCCCUCCCUGCUCUCUGUGUGGAUGCCCCUGUGGAAGACUUGGCUCCACCCCCUCCGCUUGAAGAGGAGGAGCUUUCAGUGCAGUGGACCAUAACAUCUCCUGCCCCAGUGCCUCCAGUACAAGCCCCGCCCCCACCCCGGCUGCAUCCCCAAAUCCUGUCACCUGUUGAGACGUUGAAACCGUCUUACACCCGGCAGCCUCAGGCCACACCCCCAGACUCCAGCCACAUACUGUCCCCGCCCCCUGCCCCUCAUGCAACCAGGAACUGGUCGUGCUUAUACCUAGACCAAGACGUCAUCGACUCUCCCAGUCUACCAAUCAGCUCGCACCUGUACUCACCGCCAGACUCCCCCGCCAACAUUCCCCCAGUGAGCCGCCCGGACCUGCCCGUUUCCCCGCCCACAGUGGCGCUGCCCGUGGAACGCUGGGCUGAAAACGUCAACAGAUACUACGGCUCCCAGAGCACUGGGGGAGGGGGACUGGUGGCGGCGGCGCUGGUGACGCCCGGCGAGGAGCUGUCAGAGCUGGAAUCGCUGUACCAGGCCAGUCUGCUGGCUCCCAGCAUGCACCGGGGCAGCCGGGGAGUCAGCCCCCAGCCGAGCGGCAGCAAACCAGGCGUGAGGAGGAGGCAAUUGGGUCCCGGACGCUCAAAAACGCCGACAGCUGAGAUCGAGAGAGACGCCUACAGGACCCCAAUAGCAGGCCUGCAGAAGCCGCCGUCAGCUGAAGACGAGAGCUACAGCGCCGAAAACCUGCGACGCAUCGCCCGCAGCCUCAGUGGGACCGUCAUCGGGUUGCGACCCCAAAACCUCGCCCCCUCCCACAGCUGUGACCCCUCUGUGUCCAGACCCCCCCUCAGACAUUCUUCCUCCUCCUCUUCCCUCCUGCGUCGUUCCAGCUCCUCUACCCUGCAUCACCCCUCCUCUCCCUCCUUCACUGCAGACCACUCCCACCACCACCAGCCCCGACUCCACGGCCCCUCUCCUCCUGCACAGCACCCCCCCACGCAGACAUCACAGCCCCCCAGCUCCAGGCCCUCAUCCUGGGGACACUCAGGAGCUGGUGCGAGCAUCCAGCAGCACGUUCUGGUUGUGCCUGACCGGCGUCAGACUCUUUCAGCUCACGGCGUCCCGCUGAGUUACGGCACACUGCCUCGAGCUCCUCGCCGAGCCCCACCUCCCUCCACCUCCUCCCUCCCCAGGCCCAGAGCUGGCACCGGCCCCGCCUCCCCUCUGGGACAACAGAGCCUCUACGCCACCAUGCUCCGCCCUCGUCGUUCCGCCGCCAGCGCCAACGGCCACUACGGGCACCCCUCAUUGGGCUACGCCCCCCACCACCUCAGAGCGUCAGAUGGCCCUGCCCACCCACUCCGCCUGGACAUCCCCCCAGACGGCGACUGGCGACGCGAUACCAACUCCAGGACAGUCCAGCCCAGCUCCUCCUGGGACGCCCGCCUCGCUCGCCACCCGCAGCCUCCUCGGCCCCCCCAGCUCUGCUCGCUCUGCCAGCAGCUUCCUGCCGAGCCGGCGCGCUCCUGUUGCUCCUCGUGCGGUGCCUACGUGGCUCGGUUCCGGCCAACCAGCUGAUCGGACCACAGCGAGAGUUUUACUGCAAAUGUGGCUCGCUGACAUCGUGAAGGAGCUCAAACGCUGUGUGCGGCGUGAUGAUGUCACUUUGGAGGAAAACUCUUGGAUUGGCUCUGCAGUGUCGCCCUCUCAUCCUCACUUCUUCAUCACGGAUCUCCUGCUGCUCCGCUCGGCGAGCCGAGCUCACACACACCAACACGUCUCUGACAUCACGAAGCUCCGAGAGGCGACCUGCUGUCUGCUCGGCCCUGAACUCUGAUUGGACAGAAGCAAAGAGCGGCUUGGUUUGAGAGCUGAAGCACGCUCGAGGUCCUGAUCUUAGAGAAGUGUUUGAUAAUUUCUGUAAAGCUCAAAUUCAGACGCGCUGCUUGUAAACUUAAACGCUAACAAACGGUUGCGAUGCCUGGCGUGGGUUCACCUGCUAUCGCGUGAGCCCCCCCUGGUGGACGCCAGCGUUAUAACACCACUCUGCUCCUGACCGUCCCCAACGAGCCGGCGCAGUUUGCAUUAACCUCAGCAUCUUUUGUUUUUUUUGUUUCAGUCUGUUAGGAGGUUUUAACUGAAAAGCUGUCAAAUAUACGGUCCGGGGGCCAGAACCGGCCCGCAAAAGCAGGGCGCUCUGGUCCACCUGUAUAUAAACAAUGAGGGCUUCAGCUCGUUCAGUGACGGGUGGAUGCUGGCUCACGGGUGGAGGACUUUCUUCUGUUGGUCCAGUUGAUCAACUUUGAUUGGAGCAUCAGGAGUUGUUUGCGGGUCGUGGCGCUGACGCGUGGAAGCGCGUCCUCCUGGUGAUUUUUGUAGUUGUGUGUAGGUGAACUAACCUGAGCGUGCUCACCUGUCGCAGCCCGGCCGGCUCAUUUCUCUUCUCUAGAUUAUUGUAGAAGAAUAACCGCAGCUUUGUUUGAGCAGCUAAUAUUUAGCAUGUCUUCAGCUCACCUGUCGCAGGUGUUCGUGUGCUGCCGUGAUGACGUUUGUUAGCGCGGUAGCUUGACCGCUUUUAGCGCACUUCACAAGUGUUACGAUAGACGUUUCUUUCGCUCGUUGCCAAUUUCUUUCGACAUCCCUCCCAUUUAUUUGGGGGAGGAGCCUCCCUUAUUUUUCUUACUCCGAUUGGCUUGUUAGACUUUCUGCCAAGACCGGCACUGGCUCCACCCACGUGGUGCUCCAGGUGAGCUCGGAGUGAAAGGUUGAUGUUUCAGAUGGAGUUAUUUUUGCAUCACGUUUGCUUUGCCACAGUGGAUUUUGAUUUCGUUGGUAUAUUUUUGAUGCUUAUUUUUCUACGCUGUAGAGUGAACACAGACGAGAGGACGAAUAAAAUGUUUAAAGGAAAAA